GGCAUGAUAUGUAAUACCAAUCACGACGAGAUCACGCGAGUCAAGAGACGAAACACACCGUCGCAAAGAAACCUGAACAGAAAUUCGUCGAGGGCAUAGAACGUGCUCGGUGUAUUCAGGCCGUAUCCCACGGGCCAUCACCUGUCUGUCCUGCGCCGAACGACUCGACUCAUCGCACCGCACCGUACCGCACCCAGCACAGCGCAGCGCAGCGCAGAGCCUCUCAAGAUGAAGCUCAUCCUCUCUACCUCCAAUAUCAUGUCCUCGGGCCACCCCGUCGUGCGGCGGCCACUGUUCUCGCGGUCCAACAUUGAACUCAUCAAUUCCCUGCGCGCCAAUUUCGCCUCGUUUAAACACUACGCUCCCGCUCCUCCUGCCUCGGAGGGCGGCGCCGCCGAGAAGUUUACGCCUCCCGUAUGGACGACGCAGGAGGAUGACACACUCUACGUUCCCUCGUGGCGGACGACCCCGCUAGUCGAGCCCCGCGACUCCUACGACGUGACCUGCAAACUAUUCUUCCUCCCCGGCAUCCCCAGUACGCGGCGGUGCCGGCACACGCGAGAAGCCAUCGAUCUGGUACUGAAAGAGCUGGGCGUCGACACCAUUGACCUGUUGAUCGUCUCAUUCCCUCAUGUGACCUUUGACGCCGACGAUGAAGAGGAGGACGAGGAUGAGGAGGAGCGGGCUUCCGCGGACGAGAAUCCCAGCGAGGCCAGCGACGAGUUGGAAGGCUUGGAGGCCCAGGUCAAGACCUGGCAGGUGCUGGAGUCGCUCUAUGACAAGGGCGUCAUCUCCCAGCUGGGCGUGUCCGAGUUUAGUUCGGAGCGACUCGCGAAAUUCCUGCCAGAGGUCCGAGUCCGGCCCAAGGUCGACCAGAUCAACGUCAAGGACUGCUGCGUCGUGCCCAAGACACUCAUCAUGUACGCAAAGGAGAACAAGAUUGAGCUUUUGACACACGCGGAUUGCAUGGACAUUCUCCCACCCGGAACGACGAGGGAGUUGCUGGGACCCGAUAAAGAUGGAGCUGGCAUUCUGGCUGCGCACCCAGAUGGCGGACCCGAAGAGCCCGGGCUGAAGGGCGAUAUCGAGCCGCAAUGGGUCAUCAAGUAUACCGCGGUGGUGAAAAACCGCGGCGUCAUCGAGAACAAAGGGUACUUCGCCGUCGCGCAGCUGGGAAGCUGUAUCGAGGAGAAGCCAGUCGAGGCCCCAGCAUCAUGAGGCCGUCCAGCAACCCCUCGGAGUUAUAGUAAAACUUGAGCUUUAGCAUGGCGCUGGGUAGACCGACUUCUUUCAAAGAUCUUCCGUGAUCUCCUUUCGC